AUGUUGACGGCUGCCGACGUCGCAAAACACGACUCCAAAGAAUCAUGCUGGGUGAUUGUCGCUGGCUUUGUGUAUGAUGUGACCGAAUUUCUCAACAACCACCCUGGUGGCGCGGCGUCUAUACUGAGAUAUGCUGGUCGGAUGAAGGAUGCCACGGACGAAUAUAAUCUGUUCCAUGCACCAACUCUGAUCUUGAAAGAGCUCUCAAAAGAUAAACACCUAGGUCCCAUUGACAUACAGCAAGUCAUUGGCGCACAGCAUUCGGCGCAUAGCGUAGAACAUGAUGUGAUGCCCUUGAGUAUUUGCCAAUCUCUAGAUGACAUCCGGGCAGCGGCAGAGGUCAAACUGUCGGCGAGAGCUCGAACCUACUUUGCCAGCGGCGCAGAGAGCAUGACUUCGGUCAGGAACAACAGACUGCACUGGGAAGCCAUCAGCUUUUAUCCCCGGAUACUGCGAAACGUCAGCAGCCUGUCCAUGACUUGUCGCGUCAUGGGCUCUCCAAGCAGCCUUCCGAUAUUUAUUGCUCCCGCCGCCGCCGCCAAACUCGGCCACCCUGAAGGAGAGCUUUGUCUGGCUCGUGGGGCCGCGCGCAUGGCGAUACCGCAAUGUGUCUGCACAUAUUCAUCCUUUACCAACGAGGAGAUAGUGCAAUGCUUCGAGAACGAACCACUCCGGCGUGGGGGUGCCUUGUUUUUCCAAUUAUAUGUGCCCAAGAUCAAAAAGGAAGCCGAACACCUCAUCAAGCGAGCAAAAUCGUUGAACUUCCAGGCCUUGGUCAUCACGGUCGACUCUCCCGUAAUUGGCAAGCGUGAAGAUGACGAUCGCCUCAGGACGAGCACCGAGCACCGAAAUGAGAUUGAAUCGCAGCCACCUGGGAAGUAUCUGCCUGGCGAAGAAGCUCCGACGUUGCGAGGAGUUCAUUGUAGUACGUUGGAGUGGAGUGAUAUACCAUGGAUCAGGACACUAUGGGGAUCCAAACCUAUUAUCCUCAAGGGCAUCCAGUCAGCAGAAGAUGCUUAUGAAGCCACAAAGCAUGACCUGGAUGGGAUCUACCUCAGCAACCACGGAGGGCGUCAACUCGACUUUGCCCCGAGUUCUGUGCAAACCCUGCUCGAGAUCAACGCUAAGUACCCUCAAGUGUUGAAAAUGCUAGAUAUAUACGUCGAUGGAGGGGUUUCUAGGGGAAGUGAUGUCGUCAAGGCGCUGUGUCUGGGUGCAAAGGCAGUGGGUAUCGGGCGCGGAUUCAUGUAUGCACUCAGUGCCUAUGGGACAGAUGGUGUCCUGCGCGCCAUUGAAUUCUUAAGUGACGAGAUUCAAACCACCCUCAGACUUCUUGGCGUGACGGACAUUGCGCAACUGAAUCCCGCAUAUAUCAACACACGGCGUUUGGCAAAUGAGUUGGGUAUCGGCCAUGUCAAGGCUGUAAUCUAG